CCCGGUUCGGUGCGGAUUUGAACCUGCACAGAGCUAUGUCGUCGCGGAGCUAGUCUCGUCGUCUUAGGAAGCGACGGAACGUGCGCGCGCGGUGCAACGGGAGAGGAAGGAGCAAAUGAAGAAUAUAAUUUGGUAAUUUAUUUAUUGAACCAUCGGUAAGAGAGCGCGAGCGAAGAAUAGGGCUUAGCACUCGGCCGAGGCCCACCUUAAACGUUCGGGAGGUGUGUGAUGUUUAUAGAUCUCUGUAUAAAAGAUUGAACAAGUGCUUGCCUAGGUAUCAGUCAGUUCUAAGUCGUCUUCUAGUGCGAGCAAUCUGCCAUUUAGAAUCCAUCAUAAUGUAUAGCAAAUUGAUAGUACUAUCAGCUCUGGUAGCAAUCAGUUUAGCUGCACCACAAAAACGAUUUACUCCAGGAGGCCUCGAGUCCCAAGCAGUAAUUCUAUCCCAGGACCAAAACCUCGAACCAAAUGGUGCUUACAGUUAUCGAUAUGAAACGAGUAAUGGAAUAUCCGCCCAGCAAACCAGUUAUGAUGGUGCCAACGGUGCUGGUGAAUAUUCCUACACGGGCCCUGAUGGAGUGCAAUAUCGAGUAGCAUACACUGCCGAUACUUAUGGGUUCCAGCCUCAGGGAGCUCAUCUUCCAGUAGAACCACCAGUACCAGACCACGUCCUCAAGGGGCUGGAAGAUAUCCGCCGCAGUCCACCAAAGGAUCCUGGAUUCAACCUGGCUGCCCUCGAUGCAACCAUUGCUCGGCUUCGCAACACUCUUGGCUAACUGAAUUAAGCAAUCAAACAUACGGAAACGGUUGUCAAAUUCAGUUGUCCCAAACACACAAAAGAAUGAGAUGCUUAUUGUUAUUUAAUUUCUGUCAAUAAAUCGAAUCGCUUCAACUGCCA